ACGCAGCCAUUCGCAAGUUGCGUUCCUCCUUUAUCAAUUCAAUGGCACAGUGUGUUAUUGAACUGGUUCAAAAUAGCCUCGAUGCCAUGGCAACAACAAUCGAAGUUCACGUCAACGUGGCGCGAUAUUAUGUACAAGUAAUUGAUAAUGGGACCGGAAUUAUACCCGAAGAUAUGGAUAAGAUCGGUCAGCGACACGCCACGUCAAAAUGUCAUACUCUAAAAGAACUUUCUCAAAUAAAGACAUAUGGAUUCCGCGGUGAAGCUCUAGCCAACCUAUCGGAAAUCUCUGUUUUGGAAAUAAUAAGCAAGCAUUCUGACUACUACGAUACUUACAUCACCAUGUUUAAG